AUGACCAAUAUCUCUACUUCAAGUUCAUCGUCGCCGUUACCGUCACACUGUAGGCCAUCAACACGUCGGCAAUGCCGUAAUCGUUCACGUCAUCAGUCGUCACCUUAUCAACCAGCAUAUCAUCGGUCAUCACUAAUUUCUGUUAAGAAAGACAAAAUCAGGAAAGAAUAUCAGGAAGAACGGCUUGCAUUGAUCCGUUUAAGUCAAUUAAUACCGAAUUCGAAUAAAAAUGAUUCAGAAUAUAUUACUAUACGCAAUGCUAUCAAUUAUAUCUAUUAUCUUCAGAAUAAGUUAAAAUCAUCUGAAAAUGUGGAAAAUGUUUUACCGAUUACUGAAACGGAUUUGACAAAACUUUUGUCGAAGUGGUCAACAAAAGAUAAAUGCUGCAGCAAUUAA